AUGUUUCCCGUUGGCCAAGGGAAAUAUGAAUGUUUGGUUAAUGAGUAUGACCAUUCACACCCAGAUCCAAAUCUAAGAGGAACUCAGAGUUUCCAGAACAGAAAAGGAGCAUGGGAUCAUAUCCAAAAUUUGGAUCAGUUUUUCUCGGACAUUUACAAAUAUCAUCAGAGUGGGGGUUUCACUGUGAUUCUUUUGGCUCAAAUAUUAUGGCUCGUUAAAUUCACAUUUGUCAUUUUUAUCACAAUCGAAUUAUCUGUAUGCACAAGAUGGAGUUAUUUAACAAAUAGCAGUAUAUUUGUUCAAAGCUGGACUGAUGUCUUUCAACCACCGAAUCAAUGUUGGGCCUCACUACCAUUUUUUGCGUCACUUCUAGUUGUUGGUUCUGUGAUAACAAUUAUAGUUCAAAUCAUAUUUGUUAGUGUUCGAUUAAGUAGAUUUUGGGAAAUUCGACGGUUUUGUACCUAUAUAUUAAAUAUGCCAUCUAGUGAUGUUGGAUUAGCUGAUUUAACAUGGUCCGAAGUACAACAACGUUUACUUCAAUCACAGUGUGAUUUUCAAUUUUGUGCAUACAAAGUUAAUUUAGAUGAAUUAGAUAUAUAUAAUCGUAUACUUCGGCAUAAAAAUUAUUUAAUUGCAAUGAUUAAUCAAGAUAUUAUUCCUAUCAGAUUUCGUAUACCUUCUAGUUUAAAUCCUCAAAUGGUUUAUUUACCUGAUGGUUAUCUACUCAAUUUGAAACUUAUCUUGUUUUGGACACCAUGGUCACCUUUUCAUAAUUAUUGGCAGUUGAGAGCUGAUUAUAAAUGGGUUACUAAACGUCAUGAAUUAGCUGUUGAACUAGCUACUCGUAUACGUAUUCUUGGAUUGAUCAAUCUUCUUAUGGCUCCUGUAAUCUUCAUUGCUCAAUUAGUAACGUUUAUAUGCGCUCAUGCAGAACGUUUUCGAUAUCAACCAUCUACAUUUUUUGGACGUCGUUGGUCUAAUUAUGCCCGCUUGUAUUUACGACAUUUCAAUGAACUUCAACAUGAAUUUGAAACACGUUUGAAACAAGCAUAUAUUCCAGCUUCUCGAUAUCUUGACAGUUUUGUAUCACGACCACUUACAGUUUUAGCUGAGUCAGGAGCUUUUAUUUUCGGUGGUGCUUCAGUAGCCUUUUUUAUUGCUGGUCUUAUACGUGAACAAAUGAUCCAUUUGCCUGGAUAUUUAGCUAUACUAGUUGGUGGUGGUUUAUUGGCUAGAUCAUGUCUUUCGUUAAUUCCAGAUGAGAAUAUGGUUUAUUGUCCGCGUAAUUUAUUAGUUUCAACCCUGAUGCGUAUCCAUUACAUGCCAGAUCAUUGGAAAGAACAAGCUGGCACACAUCAAGUGAGGUCGGAAUUUUCACAAUUGUUUCAGUAUCGUAUGGUAGGUCUAUUGGAAGAGUUAUUUUCACCAAUUAUUACACCUUUAAUUCUUAUUUUUAUUCUUCCUAAUCAUACUCUCGAAGUUGUUGAUUUUCUUCGAAAUUAUACUGUUGAAGUUCCUGGUGUUGGAGAUGUAUGCAGCUUUGCACAGCUGGAUAUACGCCGUCAUGGUGAUCCUAUGUGGCAACCAAAUACAGAAAGUAGCGGUGACGAUCAAAGUGAAACAGAUAAUGAUGAUCAUACAAAUGCAAUUCACUCUUGUUCGAGGAAAACUAUCAGGUCUAGUAAACGGGCAGAAGAGAUAACUCCAGCAUAUAACUCUAAUGAACAGAAUGAAAAUACUGUACAAACUAAUCAUGGUGAUUCAAUUCAACACAGUGCUGCUGGUGGUAAAAUUGAACUUAGUCUUAUGCAUUUCCAUCUUACUAACCCAUCUUGGCGACUUCCACCUGAUGGUUUGGCUUAUCUGAAAUCAAUCAGAAAUCAAGCAUUAUUGGACCUACAACAACAACAGCAGCAUUUAGAGCAAUUCCAAGAUAGUUGCAAAAAUAAUACUCAAACUUCGAAAAUUACUUCACAACCAACCUCGGGAAUGUUCUCGACUCUGUAUGGAACACAAGAAAGUGCAAUGACUAGUAUAUAUCGAAGUACACACCCUCACCUUCCCAAUGCACCAUGUAUUGAAAGUUCAGGUGUCCUGAAAAAUGUUUCUCAUUUACCAGGUUCUGGACUACUAUCUGAAAAUACCUAUGGUAUUGUAGGAGCUAUGGCUGAAUCUAUGAGAAGUUCAGGAUCUCAGUCAAUGUAUCGUUCCGGUUCCAAUCUCCGUGAACCUCAAGUACCAGAACCUAAUGUAAGAAGGGUUUCUCAUAGUGAUAGUGGUACUAAUACAUUACCAUCAUGUACCAAUUACAACGUUGCAAAGAUUUCUCCAGAAACUAAUAUUGUGCCACAGAAACCUAAUUCAGAAAUGAUUAGAUCUCAGCUUGGUCCAGCCGUAUUUAAUUAUUCUAUGCUUGAUGGACCUACACCUAUAACCAUGAGCCUGAUGGCAGCAUCAGCACUGCAUUCUGCUGAUAACAUGGGUCUUCCUUUUUACCAACCUUAUAAUUCGCAGAUCGAGGAUGGUUUAAGCCAGCAUACCGGUUUUAAUAACAGCCUCAUUGGAAGUGUAGGAGGCCGCCGCUGCACAGUAACUGACGUACUAACAGCAGACAUGUCAGUAAGUGCUCUUUAUAUUCACGAGCUUUUCCAUAGAAGACGACAACAACGACAGAACCACGAUUCGAGUCGGGGCUAUAGUUCACAGCGUGGUAUGACAGGUAGUACUCCUGGUGCCGAUCCCGGAAAUAAUAAAACUUUUCCCUCUACACAGUCAUCAAACCCACUAGGUGUAGGUGUUUACUCUACAUCUGGAUACUUACCUAGUUAUCAGUUGCCACAUGUUUCAUUUGCUCCGACUACAUUUACUAGUAACUCAGCCACUCUACCAGAAUCAAGAAAUACAGUUGAACGUGGUUCUCUUUAUCCCACCUCACCAUCUUGUGAGCCUGGCAUAAUUAGAACGCCUUCAGAUGGACGCAGAAUACCUUCAGCACAUUUUACAGAUGUCACAGAAGAAGAUGAUGAAAAUGUUGGGACGCCUAGAUCGUGUAGAGAUACAAACGUUUCUGCCUAUAUAACAGGAAAUGAGUCACAUAUAAUUCGUUAUCCAAGUGGUCAAAUAACUACAGGGGGUGGUAUCAUUACUCUGUCAGGUAGUCCAUCGGUACGACCUCAGCAUGGUCUGUCAUACCAAAAUAUACAACAAACAAGUGAUCCAAGUUUGGGUUCAGUUCCUAAUAUUGAUAGUGAUCCAGUAUGGCCUGAUUUGCCUCCAACUAAUUGUUAA